AUGAGAGCUAUUGACACGCUAGUUGUCGUUACUCUUUUGGCUAGCAAAGUCACUGCUAGUACAGAUGGAGAUGCAAGCAGCGAAGUAUGCGCUGGAGAGAAAGGCGACAAGGGGGAGACAGUUCAUCCGGGAUCUUCUGGAGUGAGGGGAUACAAAGGAGAGAAAGGUGAAGCUGGCGCUUCUGGUAAUGAUGGAGCUAAAGGUAAUGCUAGUGUGAGAGGUCCUCCUGGAGUGCGUGGUCCCAUCGGCCCACCUGGGGUGAUGGGUCCGACUGGAUAUGGUAAGACAGGUGCUCAAGGUCCGCAAGGAAACCCAGGAAGUCAGGGUCCUGUUGGUCCACCAGGUUUAUCAGGAAUAAAAGGAAUACAUGGAGAUAAAGGAAUUAAAGGCAAUUUGGGUGGACGAGGAGUAGCUGGAGCUGACGGAACACCGGGCCCUCCUGGACACAGGGGACAAACAGGAAUAACAGGAUUGAAAGGAGAAAAGGGAAUCAGAGGAGAACCAGGACACAAAGGAGAGCAAGGCAGGCAAGGAGUACCUGGACCAGCAAUUGAUCCAGAAACUUUGAAAAAUUAUUUUGAACCAGUCAAGACGAUGAGAGAAGAAGUUGAUGGAAAACUGGGUAAAUUGAAUAGCUCUCUACAGUUACAAUUGGAGGACUUGAAACAUGAAAUUCUGGCUUAUAAUGAGAAACCUUCUGCGCACUUGUACGGUAACAAUGGCGGGCCAUACAGUGCGAGCUCCGGGACUGUCACUCAAUGGUAUAAGAGCAGUGGUACCGUUUGGUCUCCCUUUCUUCGCGGUGGCAUGCAGUAUAGCAACGAUGCUAUCACUGUUCCCAACGAUGGCCUUUACUACGUUUACGCACAAAUGUACUAUUACCAUCCAAGCUCAAGCCACUACAAUGCUGGUUUUCGUAUCAGAGUGAAUGGUACCGGUCGCGCCUAUGCUUAUUGGUACAACAACCAUUCCCAUGAUCAUCACACUCAUUACAUGGGACGCAUCAUUCAGCUGAAAAAGGGAGACAACCUGUCAAUAACGUUCGAAAACACCUGUUACUACUACUUCUAUAGCGAGAACACAUUUUUUGGUGCGUUUCUAGUGAACUGAUUACCUUAAAGAGUAGAAACGCUGCAUAUGUUAAAGAUGGAAAUGAAAUUCGCU